UCCCAGCAGCAGACACACCGCCACAGACACCAGCUCCGUCCGCCCGCAGCAGGAUGCCCGGGGGAAAGAGAGGGCUUGUGGCACCGCAAAACACUUUUCUGGAGAACAUAGUCCGGCGUUCAAGUGAGACCAGCUUUCUCCUGGGAAACGCCCAGAUCGUGGAGUGGCCCAUAGUUUACAGUAAUGACGGAUUCUGCAAGCUGUCUGGCUUCCACAGAGCCGAGGUCAUGCAGAAGAGCAGCACAUGCAGUUUUAUGUACGGAGAGCUGACAGACAAGAAGACCAUCGAUAAAGUCAGACAGACGUUCGACAAUUAUGAAUCUAACUGCUUUGAAAUCCUGCUGUACAGAAAGAACAGAAGUCCUGUUUGGUUCUACAUGCAAGUGGCUCCCAUCAGGAAUGAGAAUGACAAGGUGGUGCUGUUCCUCUGCACUUUUAAGGACAUUACCCUCUUCAAGCAGCCCAUCGAAGAUGAAACUACUAAAGGAUGGACCAAAUUUGCACGGCUCACACGUGCACUCACCAACAACCGCAACACGCUACAGCAACUGGCGCCUAUUGGCAAACAUGAAGUCAGCCAUAAACAGUCCAGACUGGCUGAGGUUUUGCAGCUAAACUCUGACAUCCUCCCGCAGUACAAGCAGGAAGCCCCCAAGACACCACCUCACAUAAUACUUCACUACUGCACCUUCAAGACCACUUGGGACUGGGUUAUCCUCAUCCUCACCUUCUACACGGCCAUCAUGGUGCCCUACAAUGUCUCUUUUAAGACCAAGCAGAACAACAUUGUUUGGCUGGUGCUAGACAGCGUAGUCGACGUCAUCUUCCUGGUGGAUAUCGUUCUAAACUUCCACACCACCUUCGUGGGGCCCGGCGGAGAGGUGAUCUCCGACCCCAAACUCAUUCGGAUGAACUAUUUGAAGACUUGGUUCGUCAUCGACCUGCUGUCGUGCCUGCCCUAUGACAUCAUCAAUGCCUUUGAGAAUGUGGAUGAGGGCAUCAGUAGCCUGUUCAGCUCUCUGAAGGUGGUCCGCCUGCUGCGUCUGGGCCGGGUAGCCAGAAAAUUGGACCACUACCUGGAGUACGGUGCUGCAGUUCUGGUCCUCCUGGUCUGUGUGUUUGGACUGGUGGCUCACUGGCUUGCCUGCAUCUGGUACAGCAUCGGAGACUACGAAGUUAUCGAUGAAGCCACCAACACCAUCAAGAUGGACAGUUGGCUUUAUCAGCUGGCUAUCAGCAUUGGAUCGCCUUACCAAUACAAUGCCAGCGGUUCUGGAGAAUGGGAGGGCGGCCCUGGCAAGGAUUCUCUGUACAUCACGUCCCUGUAUUUCACCAUGACCAGCUUGACGACCAUUGGAUUUGGAAACAUUGCCCCCACCACAGACGGAGAGAAGAUCUUUUCUGUGGCGAUGAUGAUGGUGGGAUCUCUGCUUUAUGCCACCAUCUUUGGAAAUGUGACCACCAUUUUCCAGCAGAUGUAUGCCAACACCAAUCGCUACCAUGAGAUGCUCAACAAUGUCAGGGAUUUCCUGAAACUCUACCAAGUUCCCAAGGGUCUAAGUGAGAGAGUGAUGGACUACAUCGUCUCCACCUGGUCCAUGACCAAAGGCAUCGACACGGAAAAGGUCUUAUCCAUCUGUCCCAAGGACAUGCGGGCCGACAUCUGUGUCCAUCUCAACAGGAAGGUGUUCAAUGAACAUCCAGCAUUCAGGUUAGCUAGUGAUGGCUGCCUGCGCUCACUGGCAGUGGAGUUUCAGACCACCCACUGCGCACCAGGAGACCUGAUCUUUCACGCCGGGGAGAGCGUUGACACCCUCUGUUUCGUGGUGUCGGGGUCACUGGAGGUCAUCCAGGACGAUGAAGUCAUUGCCAUCUUAGGAAAAGGUGACGUGUUCGGAGAUGUCUUUUGGAAAGAAACCACUCUUGCACAUGCGUGUGCAAAUGUUAGAGCACUUACCUACUGUGACCUCCACGUCAUCAAGAGGGAAGCUUUGCUCAAAGUUUUGGAGUUUUACAGUUCCUUCGCCAACUCUUUCUCCCGCAACCUCAUCCUCACCUGUAACUUGCGCAAGCGGGUAAGAUAUUCAGCUCUUUGUACGUGGUACAUAAAUAGUAAUAAUAACAGACAUCACUCCACUUUGCAGUCUGACAAACCUUUCUUGCUGCUUUCUGUGUAGGUGGAUUUAUUUAUGAC